AUGGACCGGUCAGCCACCUCCAGCAGCCCCGGGUUCGCCCCGGCGCCUGGUGGGACACCGAGCCGUCUUGCGGAGACGCUGGCGCCGCCUCCGACCGCGCCGGCCGCUGACGGCCUCGGCCGGCGGCUCUUGGAGGCGUGCUCUGCCGGUGACGUGGAGGCCGCCCGCGGCGCCCUGCAGGCUGGCGCACACCCGGCGCUCCUCGAUCCUGCCGGCUACACGGCCUUGCACUGUGUCGCCGCCGGCUGGCACAGUCCCGAGACCACAGCACGGCUGGUGCGGCUGCUGCACGACUGGGGGGCGCCGCUCGAGACAGCCAACGCCAGGGGACAGACGCCGGUGCUGCAGGCCGCGGAAGUCGGCAACACGGCCGCCCUGCUGGUGCUGGCAGAGCUGGGGGCCGUCUGCGACGCUGUCGACCAUCGCGGCAACACGCUGCUUCAUCUGGCCGCAAGCUCGGGAAACCCGCAGACGGUCAGUGCGGCGCUCGACCGCCUGCCAGCCGACGCCGUUGGACGACUCAACCAGAAAGGUCUGACGCCACUGCAGGUGGCCAAGAACCGCGAGACGGUCCGGCCGCUAUUGGGUGCUGGCGCCCAGGCCGACGAGCCCACCGCCCUGAUGCUGCUGAAAAAUAUGCCGUCCGCCAUGCCCGACGUGCUUGACCGCUACAUGACCACCAACGGCCAGCCGCUGGACAGCUCACAGCUGGAGGUUUACCUCGACUACAUGCCCUUCUGGGACGUGGAAAGGAAGAAGCCGGCGCCGGAGACGGCUCUUCUGCGCGCCAUCGUGGAUGCCGACCAGAACGAACUGCUCAAGCAUCCCUUGAUCGAAACAUUCAUGCACGUCAAGUGGCUGCAGAUUCGACCCUUUUUCUACUUCAACUUCGCGUUCUUCGUGUGUUUCGCAUUACUUGUGACAGCUUACGGAAUGCUUCGCACACGUCAACCGAACGACAGGAUAACGCAAGUGGUUGGACUUCUGACGGCCGUCUUCACCGCCCUGACCGGCGUUCGAGAACUGCUCCAGGUGGCUCACGGUGUGCGCUCCUACUUUGGCAGCGUGGACAACUGGCUGGAGCUGCUGCUGCUGGUGCUCAGCACUGCGCUGCUGGCAGUGCCGGACGCCCAGCAGUGGUGGGUGCAUCACGUCGCCGCUUGGCUGAUGCUUGCCGCCUGGCUGGAGCUCACACUCAUGAUCGGCCGCAUCCCCGCGGUCGGCAUCUACAUCUACAUGUUUGUCCGCGUGGCGCAGAAGCUGAUCGGCUUCCUGCUGGUCUACUCGCCACUGCUGGUUGCGUUCGCUCUCAGCUUUUAUGUCGUGUUCGGGGAGACGGACGCCUAUAAAAGCAUCCCUCUGUCACUGAUCAAGACGUUCGUGAUGAUGAUGGGAGAGUACGAGUACAACAGUGCAUUUAUUGAUCACAGCCCGACUUACCUGGGAACUUCGCACGUCCUGAUGGUUCUGUUUAUUGUUAGCAUGCCAAUCAUCACUGUGAACCUGCUCAUAGGUCUGACCGUCAACGACAUCCAAAGCGUGUUCAUGACGGCAGGGUUGGAACGACUGCGGAUCACCGUCAUCCAAAUCCUUCUGAUCGAGUCACUUCUAUACUCCGACCUUUUACGUAAAAUAUGCUGUUGGGGGUGCUACAAAGGAUAUUUGAGAAACCUCGCCGUUCUGCCCAAAAUGUUUGCAACGUCUGUCGAUCAGCACUUAUCUAGGGGAUCGAGAGCAUGCACCGCUGCAAAAAGGAACCGUUUUCGUUCGUGGAGCAGUGAACCGUGUGGAGUGCAGCCGCGUCCGGUCCCAGAGGCCCAGCUAAGGACACCUCGUGCAACAUUCCGACCCAAUGCACCCGACAAACUGCGGAUGUACUGGUCCGACGGUCCGGGUCGGCUCCGGUCCUCUGGUUUUGUCGUACACAGUUGGAUGGUGAACAACAUGCUGCGGCUGCUGCAGGAGCGUGAGGACCGCGCCGACCAGGGCGAGCCGCCGAUACCGGCACGCCUGGAGGAGCUGUCCACCGGCUCGCCGGGAGCGGGCCGUCGGCGGCCGCAGGCGGCGGUCGAGCGGCCUCCCGGCGACGGCGACGGCGCCAGCAGGGUGGAGCAGAAACUGGACAGGGUGCUGGUCUCGCUGUCGGAGCUCUCGUUGAGGGUGGGCGUGCUGGAGCGGUGCGUGGCGCCGCCGGAACGGCACACGCCGGCGCUGUGACCGACCGGCCACCGCGACCUGUCGGGGCGGGGUCGCCUGUUGGGGUGUC